CGGGGCGGGCCCCGCGGCCGCCGACGCCGCCGCGCUGGGGCAGGAGCGGGCGCAGAUGCGUGCGUGGCCGCCGAGCCGAGCGGACGCCCUCCGGGCCGCUCCGCAGCCUGCGCGCCCCCCUAUCAUGCCCGGGGCCGCCCCCGCUGCCAGGACACCAUGCCCGAGGGCGGCGGCGGCGACGGCGGGGAGGCGCCGGGGUUCGUCCCGGACUGCGAGCCGCUGCGGGAGGAGCAGCGGCCCCUGAAACAGUCCCUGGGAGGCUCCCUCUGCCGGGAGUCGCACUGGAAGUGUCUGCUCCUCACGCUGCUCAUCCACGCCUGCGGCGCCGUGGUGGCCUGGUGUCGCCUGGCCACCGUGCCACGGCUGGUCCUGGGGCCGGAGGCCGCGCUGGCCCGCGGGGCGGGGGGCCCGCCGCCCACCUACCCCGCUAGCCCCUGCUCGGACGGCUACCUGUACAUCCCGCUGGCCUUCGUCUCUCUGCUCUACCUCCUCUACCUGGCCGAGUGUUGGCACUGCCACGUGCGCGCGUGCCAGGCGCCGCGCACCGACGCGCACACGGUGCUGGCGCUGAUCCGCCGGCUGCAGCAGGCGCCGCCGUGCGUGUGGUGGAAGGCCACCAGCUACCACUACGUGCGCCGCACCCGCCAGGUGACGCGCUACCGGAACGGCGACGCCUACACCACCACGCAGGUGUACCACGAGCGCGCCGACAGCCGCACGGUGCGCGGCGAGUUCGACUACUCGGCGCACGGCGUGCGCGACGUGUCCAAGGAGCUGGUGGGGCUGGCGGAGCACGCGGCCACGCGGCUGCGCUUCACCAAGUGCUUCAGCUUCGGCAGCGCCGAGGCCGAGGCGUCGUACCUGACGCAGCGCGCCCGCUUCUUCGGCGCCAACGAGGGCCUGGACGACUACCUGGAGGCGCGCGAGGGCCUGCACCUCAAGGACGUGGACUUCCGCGACUCGCUCAUGGUGUUCGCCGACCCGCGCCGCCCGCCGUGGUACGCGCGCGCCUGGGUCUUCUGGCUGGUGUCGGCCGCCACGCUGUCGUGGCCCCUGCGCGUCGUGGCGGCCUACGGCACCGCCCACGUGCACUACCAGGUGGAGAAGCUGUUCGGGGCGGGCUCCCCGCCGCCCGGCGCGGGGCCCAGCGGGCCGCCCCUGUCGCGCGUGGCCACGGUGGACUUCACCGAGCUCGAGUGGCACAUCUGCUCCAACCGCCAGCUGGUGCCCAGCUACUCCGAGGCCGUGGUCAUGGGCGCCAGCACGGGCGCCUACCUGCGCGGCUGCCAACGGUGCCGCCGUUCGCUGAGCAGCAACUCUCUGCCCCCCGCGCGGCCCAGCGCGCCCCGCCUGCCCUUCAGCCGCAGCCGCCUGUCGCUGGGCGCGGGGGGCCGCGCCACCCCCGGCGUCUUCCGCAGCCUGAGCGGGGGCCCCCUGGGGCGCCGCGGGGAGGACACGGAGCCCCUGGAAAGCCCCCCGUGCUACGAGGAGGCCCUGUACUUCCCGGUCCUCAUCGUGCACGGGGACAGCGGGUGCCGGGGGGACGGGCAGGGCGCGCUCUGAGGCGGGCCGCCGUCCACCCGGGCUCCGCAGCAGGAGGGGAGCUGGCCUGCCCCGGGGG